CACUUCACUUCCCCCAGCCCCCUCCUCACCCCCUCUGUCAUCACAACACCACCAUGCUCUUGUCAAGAAACUGUGCAUUUUAAAGUUGUUUUGAACACCUUGCAACAUGGAGGACGAAAAGAAGUCGUUUACGGAUCUAGGCCUUAGUGCUUGGAUCGCUCGUCAAUGUGAUUUAAUUGGGGUGAAGAAUCCAACUCCUAUACAGAAAAAUUGCAUACCUCACAUUAUAAAAGGAGGGGAUUGUAUUGGGUGUGCUAAGACAGGUAGUGGUAAAACCCUAGCCUUUGCGCUCCCGAUUUUGAACAAGCUUUGUGAGGAUCCUUACGGCAUCUUUGCACUUGUCCUCACACCAACCAGAGAAUUGGCAUAUCAGAUUGCAGAUCAGUUCAAUGUAAUUGGAAAAACACUAAGUCUUCGAACAAGCGUUAUUGUAGGAGGAAUGGACAUGAUGAUUCAAUCACAAGAGCUCAGUCGUAAACCUCACAUUGUUGUUGCAACACCAGGCAGACUAGCAGAUCAUUUGGAGAGUUGUGACACUUUCAGUUUAAAAAGAAUUAAAUUCCUAGUUUUGGAUGAGGCUGAUAGACUACUGGAAGGGCGGUUUGAUCAUCAGCUCAAGACUAUCUUUGAAUCAAUACCAGAAAAGAGGCAAACUCUUCUUUUUAGUGCUACUUUAUCGGAUUCUUUGGACAGAGUUAAAGCUAUUGCCGAUGAAAAGGUUUUUAUUUGGUCGGCAUCAAACGAGGUGGCAACUGUAGAUCAGCUGAAACAAUCUUAUGUUUUGUGCCCUCCUCUGGUGCGUGAUGGAUAUUUGAUUGAAACUAUUCGUACAUUCAGAUCUCAAGAUGAAAACGGUUCAAUAAUGAUAUUUACUGAUACCUGCAAAAAUUGUCAAUUGCUGUCCAUGACACUGAAUGAAGUUGGCUUUGAAAAUGUUGCCCUUCAUGCUAUGGCAAAGCAGAAAGAACGCCUUGCAGCACUAGCUAAGUUUAAAUCAAAUGUUGUUAAAAUACUAAUUGCUACUGAUGUAGCAAGUAGAGGAUUGGACAUUCCUGCUGUUCAACUUGUUUUAAAUCACAUUCUACCAAAUGUGCCGAAAGAAUAUAUUCACAGAGUCGGACGUACCGCAAGAGCAGGGCGGGAAGGUCUCGCAGUCUCUUUAAUCACACCGCAUGACAUCAAGCUGCUCCAUGCUAUCGAAGAAGCCAUCAACACUAAACUUACUGAGUACAAAGUUGAUGAUAAAGAAGUUUCUAAAAUUGUUACUCAAGUCUCAGUUACUAAGAGGGAAGCAGAAAUAAGAUUAGAUGAAACCGAUUAUUUUGAAAGGAAGGCUAUCAACAAACGGAAGAAACUCAUCCUUGAGGGGAAAGAUCCAGAUGAAGAGGAGGCGCUGGCAGAAAAGAGAAUGAAAUUGAAGCGUAAGUUAGCAAGAAAGCAGGCUAAAGAGGCUGCUAAAAAUAGAAAGGUACCUUUGAAAUCUUUUGAUGAUGAUUCAGAUUAGAAAAAGUUUUAUUUUUCUUAAAAAACGAAAAUUAAACACAAAUAGAAACAUG